GAUACGCAGUGAGUUGUGGAACUUCCACAGUUGACUUUAUUGCUAUGGAAACGAAGACAACAGGCGGAAAGAGCUGACAUUUCGCGUUUUUAUUCUGAAACCAAGAUGGCGGAGGCAGAGUUGUGGGCUCUCUAUUCGACACAUCCGCAAGAAAUGAACGGUGCAUCGAGGAUGAAGCGCCACGAAAACCUGCACCGGCAAAUCACAGCCUUUGAAAAGCUGCUCCAAUACGCCAUGUCACGAUUCUCCAUAGAAACACUGUAUAGGAUGCUGCAAAUUCUCUCCAACAGGGAGUACGUUUCUGAAACUACUCAGAAAAACAGAUUUUUUACACGGGCUGCAGCUCACGUUAAAAAUGGAGGCCGAAUAGAAAUAACGUCUUUGGGGAAACUGAGGGAAGUUUUAGGAAAAUUUUCGAAUAAAAUUGGGACGAAAAAGAUGAAAUCAGAAGAAGAGCAAAACGUUAUCAAAUAUUUUUCUACUUUCCUGAAUGAUAUUGAAUAUUUGAGAAAGUUGAAAAAGUAUUUUGAUGAAAGAGUUUAUAUGUGCUUAUAUGAUUAUUUUUACGACCCUGACAUUGAGAGCCAAUUAGACAGGAGCUCUUUGACUCCUAGAGAUCUGAAAGUGAUCAAACAAUCAAAGCACGUGUCUUUUGAUGACGCAGACGACAGCGGGCACUGCUCAACAGCAGACGAAGCAGAAGACGAGCAGGUUGUACCGCUAGAUCGUGAGGAAAGCCAAGACGUGACGGAAUUAAACGACCAAGAAAAAUUUGUCCACGCCGUCAAACGAUUGUAUGAAAUAAACAAUGCCUGGAGUAUUCUUCUCAAAGAAUCAAACAUAAAUGACGACAUUUUUGACGAAGAGAGUCAUUAUGAGAUUCAACCAUUUAUAAAGUGCGGUGCUUUUGAAAAUGUUUUCCGAUUGGUGCCUGACAUAUUCUCCAAGUGUCACAAAUCGGCAGAAAUGGCUAAGUUGUGGUGGACACAAGCGAACAAAUUAUACCGCGAACUCCCAGACGGGAAAGUAAAACCAAAAGACAUGAGAGGAAGAGUGAACGUAGUCGAAAUUGGAAUUCAGCAUCUAACACAGUCCAUACAGACGGAAGAAAACCUUCUGUCAUUUCUAAAAAAAGAUGCCGCUAGUUUACAGGCACGCGAGAAGCGAUUUGACGAUUUACGCAGACGAUUUGAUGAGGUAGAGGUACGGAUGAAUUCAACGGGUCGCAAAUAUCAGUCGGUGCUGCUUCAAAGGGAAUCCCUGCUUAAGAAAAUGGAGGCCAGUCCUCUCGGGUCGCGCGUUCGCGCUGUACUAGAGAACAAAUUAGAAGAACUUGAAUGGAAACUGUGCGAAUAUAACGACACUUUAAAAAUCAGAGAGUUUGAACACUCUCUAGUGAAGCACGAUUAUUUGAUCGAACUUGAAAAUCAACCACAUUUUAUUAGGUAUCAAGCCCAUCUAGACUGUAAAAUAAGCGAGGUGGAAAAGUCAUUGGAGGAUAAGAAAGCACAGAAAAGGAAGCGGGUGAAAGAACUCGCGUUACUUCGCACCAAUGGCGAGAAAAUGCGGGAUGUCAUGAAACGCUACAUCCGGGACGAUGAUGACCUUGUCAUGACCUCGGGAGAAAAUGGCGACAAUCCAGUUAUCUCUGCGCCAAGCAAUCUUGGGACGGCUACAAAUGCUACAGUGCGAGUGAAAAUGCAGGGACCCAGUGCACCACAGCAAACGGGUAGAGCUGACUCAGAUCCAGAUGAUUUUGACAUCAAAGUCGUCUCAAUUUCUUACAAUCUACCGAACACCCCUGACUCCGGAUCGCUGGGUGACACUAACGACUCGGACCCUGAAACAGUAACCAACUCCACUUCAAAUCAGUCUCUGAGGAAAUCUCAAACCACAAGCCGUAAUAAGAAUAUCUCUCGAAAAAUCGACCCUAGUCUGAAUGUCAAACAACAAAAAACCAAAGCCCUCCGGCGUCUGAAAUCGAGAGAACAAGACAACACUUUUUUGAAAGAACCCAAGAAACGAGGAACAAAUCUUAGUAAAAACACCCCGUCGAAAGGAAUCUCCAGGCGAUUUGAAAGGAAAGACAACAGAGGCGGUGCUCCUACCAAGAUUCCACACCCACGAGGCACCACGCAGACCAGCACAGGAGCAAGAUAAUGAUUGGAGAUUGUUUCAGAUGAGUCAGCAACAGGUGCGCGUGUGCGGAUUGUGAUAGUUGUGCUUCAGACGCAAUCAAUCAGGUAUAGGAGGUGUUCACAAUUGAUAUUUGAUGUCACUGGUAUAUAAGGAGCUACAACAGGGUAGCCAACUCCUUUUGUGCACAUUCAACAUUUUUAUGACUAUCGGAUUUCUGUGUUUAGGGCGAUGUUUUAUUUUUACACCAUAUGGAUUAUAAACGAUUGAUUUAAAACUAUAGAUGUGUACGUAUUCAAAGGGUUGGGAACGUAAUUUAUGAUUCCGUAAUUCAUGUCACAUUCGGAGUUUUCCGGUUGGGUCCGGAGAAAGCUUCGUAUUUCUAAUUCAGAUGAUGUAUAACCAGUAACACUCAGAGUAAGCCUAGCCUUCCAAGAUGAGAUGAGACAGAGUAAACGUAAAAUUGCGGAUAUGGCUUCAGUAUAUUCAUGGUGCUAAGCAUGUCAUGCAUUCUUUGUAUCUUUUGCGUUCUUUAAAAAUUGAUAAAUUAUUUAACAUAGUAUAUAGUUACUAUGUAUAUUGUGAACAAGGAGUUUGCGUGUUCGUGCGAUCUAGGGGUGUGUAUUGUACAUAUACAUUAAUGUCUCCGUGUAUACCAGUACACCAGUACGCUUGUGAGUGUUUGGAGAGAGAGAGAGAUGGGUUUGUCUGUUUUUUUUUCUUAUUGCUCAUCAUAGCAAUUUGUCUCCUUUUUUUCCUUAGGCAUUCGGUUCUAAAUAAUUUUGUAAAAAAUGUUGGUAACGACCCAUCCAUU